AUGAUGGACGUAUAUUGUCUGGCUGUCCAGUCCAAGUCUUCCUUUGGAGAAUUUUUCAGGAGGGAGCAGGGUGUAUCGUUUUCGAAGCUGACCUAUAACCCAGCGAACAAAUGGGGACGACGUGAGCUCCUUGGUUUAGCUGUGUUGCCUCAGAGAGUGCGCCAUCUUCCCGUGCUAUCGCCAUUCGUAAUUCCGUGGGAUCAACAACGAUCGAUAGAAAUCACCAACUUUUUGAAAGGCCCGGACGGCGACUACCAUUCUAGAAGCGAGCAUUGCCUUGUGCGAGAUCCAACUAUUGGGCAUUCACUUGGUCAAACGUGGGCGGCUCUCGCACGAUUCACUGUACAUGAAGCAAGUGGCAGGGAGACGGAUGACAGCGAUGUCGAAAUUGAACCCAGACAAAAGCGCCCUAGACGUGACAAUGUGCAAGAAAAUUAUGUUAAAUCCGACACAAUGCAGGUAGGCUCUAGCAGCCCACUUGCUGACGGAUCCCAAGAAACGUCGUCUUCCGUUGGUUAUGUCGACCGGGAUUCACACUACGCGUGGCCUCACACAGAAAACGAGACCCUGCGAUUCUUCUCCUGCCUCACUCGACACAUUCUGGACUAUGCAGCCCCUCAAGAAGACCCAAUCGUGAAUCCGGUAGUCGAGCUUUGCGAUUAUGUUUUCCGGAUGAAGGCUCUCACUCCAAUUCUGAAGCGCGAGGUGUCUGCUACUGCCGAUAGGGGGGGCUUGGUUCUGAAGGAAAAUUUCGACCGGGGCUUUGUACAGACGAAGAAGUAUGUGAUGAUCGCAGAAGGUAAAAGUGAGUUUCAAUGUAUCGAGAACGGCCAGCCUUUCCUCUCGGAUGAUUGCCUCGGACAAAUGACCUGUCAGGCCCUGGCAGCCAGACUUUGCGACCUGUCGGAAGGAGGAGAAGAGUUGAGAGACGGCAGUGUCAUCAUCGCUCAUCCCACACGGCAAUACGUUUGCUUUCUCCAAUUCGACAUAUCGGAGGAGUAUCUCAACAACUUUGAGACAAAUUUUGGCGAUGACGUCAACCCUAAGCCGUAUACUUUCAUGCCUGUGUACAUUUCACAAUGGAUGGACAUGACUGAGGAAAGUGCAAGGAAGAGCUAUGUAGAAACCAUGUCUGGAUUGAUAGCUCGGGCAGCACAAAAUAAGCUUGCAGUUGACGAUGACGACAUAGGAUCUUGUCGUCGCUGA